AUGUUCCCAACGCACUUGAGUGAAGCCAUGCCAUCAGAAUCACCUGAUAUGAAUCCAGUCACUAUCAAACUCUCUGGGACCAGGUAUGGGCUAAUGCCCACUGGUCAAGCCUUCAUCAGAACUUUUCCACUGUCACAUGGUACUGCAUCUGACCACAACAUGACAGAAGAAAUCGAUAGAGUAGCCACAACAACGCCAUCAUCAUCAUCUGGUAGAAUACAACUAAAUAGUUCGGACAUCAGCAGUGACCUCAGCUUCAUACAUCAAUCUGAACUUUCAUAUGGUAUGAUUGAUGGAUCCAACUCGACCAACCUCUUAUCUCUUAGUGCUGAGCUUAUUGAAGCCGAGCAGACUGUCAUUGCAGCUACAACGGGACCAGAAGACUUGAUAAUGAUUUUGAAAUUUAAUGGUCAUGCGGGUCAAUGCAGGCUUAGUGAAGUUGACCAGAGCACCACACCAAAUGAACCCCAUGGAUAUAUCACUGUGGAACAGAGACCUCUAACAGUGGCUCAAACAACCCUCGACACAUAUUUAACACAGUCAGUAACAGAGCUAGGUCAGCACACUUUGACGGAGCAUACAAGAGCAACAGAAGGACAUUCAUUAACAGAGCUGCCACAAGCUUUCCUUGGAUUGACCACAGUAGGUUCUAUAUCACCAGCUAAUUUAACACAAACCAUUGACAGUACUGUUUCUAUUGAAUGGGAUAAGGAGAUGGUGAUGGGUAUAAUUCCGGUUCCUGUUACCAAAGACAGUAUGGGACAAUUAGAGGAUGCUACUGAUGGAACUUCAAGAAACAUCAGAUUUUACCAAGGAAUUAUAGAAGACCCAGAUGGAAGCCAAGUUCUACAAAUUCAGAAACUGCCCAAAGACAAUGGAAAAACUCUCAAGUUAGCAUCACUGGAAAAGAGUCACGCCGCUAAUGGGCGAAAAGAAAAUAGCCUGGGAUAUUCUGAUCAAGAAUGGCGAUUGGGAAGAAGAAUUGUUGAUGAGGUCACCGCAAGAGCAAGGCAGAUAUUGCUUGAGGAGGCUAAGCAAAACCAGGCCAGAGACGGGGAGAUAAGAGAUUCAAACAUCAUGGCUUCAACAGAUCGAAGCACUGGCAUAGUAGAUGCUUGCAGCGAAGAUCAAAGAAUAUCUGAUGAUAGAUUAACUGGUGCCAACAGGAACAUUAUCAGUAUAGAGACUGGCAUAUUCAAAGACAGCAGGGUCAUGGAUGAAGUCGUAAGUGCUUUAACAAAACAGGAAGUUGGCGAGGUGGACACAUCUACAGGCACAAGUACAAAAGCCCUCGCAGUCUUUCAGUCAAAGUCAUGGGACGAAAGUGAAGGUGUUAAUGACAACCAUCAGUCUAAGUCAGGUAACCAACAUGAGGGUGUUGCUGACAACCUUCAAUCAGGGUCAGGUGAUCAACAUGAAGGUCAGUCAAUGUUAAGUGACCAACAAGUAGACGCUGACAAUCAGACCAUGAAAUCUGAUAAAACAGGAACUGAUAACAUGCAGCUGGACAACCUACAACAGCAAGACAAAUCACCAAGACAAGAAACAGAAGACAAAUUGGGCAUCACAGAAAAUUCAGCACAACUCUCAGACAGAUUUGUAUCUCGAUCAGAUAAACAUCCACCUGGCACAAAUGUAACCCAGGCAAGCAGGAAAUCACCUCAAAUGACUACUCAAGGAAUGUUAACUCUCACAGAUGUAGUACAAAAUAACGAACAGAUGAGUUCAGUCCCAUAUGCUAAAGAGCUACAAAACUUAGAUUUCAACAGCAGGUCACAAAAAAUGGAUAGAGAUCUCUUCAAGGAAAAUCAAUGUGACCAAAUAAUCACAGGUGACUUAAAGAACAUUGGGGAUUCAUCAGACCUAGCUGAAACAUCAGGAUUAGCUGAAAUAUCAGACCUAGCUGAAACAUCAGGAUUAGCUGAAAUAUCAGCCCUAGCUGAAACAUCAGGAUUAGCUGAAAUAUCAGGACUAGCGGAAACACCAGGACUCCCUGAAAUAUCAGGACUAACUGUAAUAUCAGGACUAGCUGUAAUAUCAGGACUGGCUAAAACAGCAGGACUAGCUAAAACGUCAGACCUAGAUGAAAUAUCAAGUAUAGCUGAAACACAGGGACUAGCUAAAACAUCAGACCUAGCUGAAAUAUCAGGACUAGCUGAAACACCUGGACAGGAGCUCAGCUUUGAAAGAGAUCAAAUAUCUUUACAGAAAUUACAAAAACGGCCAAAUACUCAGUCUCAGAUUGGUUACGUACCAGGCUCUGAAUAUUACAACAAAUUAUCUGGAUUUGUAAUCCACAUUGACAAAACAAGCGGUACGGGCUCAGGUGAAUCACCACCUUUCAUGCAGAUUCCUGCACCCACAGCUGAUAAACAACCAGAGGAUAAUGACUUUUUUACCUUGGCCGUUCCAGGUGAUCAGGAGGAGUAUGUGCGCUACAGAACAAGAAGCUUCACAGGUGAGAUGAAGAAGAAGAAGCACAUCAGAAGACAGAGUAAUCCUGAGGACCUCAACGCUCAGCUGGCUGCAAUUUUUAAGAGUAAACCUAAAAGAAUACCCUUCAAAUGCUCAGCAGUAUACUACCCAGCCACACAGCAGCAAGGGCUUGAGACUGUAAAGACAACGUUGCAGGUGUUUGAUCAGCCUGACUUGAAGAUGUCUGAAACUAAGGGUCAGCUGCCGAACAGUCCAAGGGCGUCAGUUUACAAUGACGGCACAGGAGACUCUGGUGUGUCCUCAGUCAGGUCCUCCUCAGUGCCAAGUUCAUCAUUUCAGGGGUUCUCCAAAAUAACUAAUGAUUCAGCAUAUGUUUCCACCACUGAUGGAGAUCCACUCAUUGUACAAACAGGGGACAUUAUAGAGGACACGAACACUAAUUCAACACAGUCAGGAAAACAUGACAAACCUUUUUUUGAACUAACUGAAAAACUUCAAGCUGCUCAAAUUGGUUUGAUCCUUGAUUCAGACUUGAUGCAUGAUAAACUUCAAGCAUCCAUCAUCCAAGACCAACAACAGCAUUUAGAAAAUUUACCAACAGAGGAACAUAAGAGAUGUCAACUAUUGUUGACUGCAACAGAAGAUGGAACAGGUAUCUCUCAAGAAUUGAAUCCCAUCAUCAGUUAUGUACUUCCAACACAACAACUUUAUGACACAACUGGAGAUGAUGAUACAGAGGAGGUUGCCCAGGAUUUGGAGCUAGUCAGUCCCAAUGAAAUUUGCAUUUUGGAUGAAAUAGAUUUACCGGAACUGGAAUGUCUAGAAAUAUCCUCUUUCCCAAAACUCAGACGUCACAGUAGCCAUACAGUGGUGAGAAGAAAUAUCAGGAUAAUACCUCUAGCAGCUCACGGUGAAACCAGUUCAAGUGAUGAAUCACCAACUGGUGUCCUGAGGAUGAAAAGAAAGAAGGAAACAUCACCAAGUGGAGUUGGUUCAGCCGAUGAAGACAGUUUGUCCAUCACAGAAGCCGCUAAACAUGCCGCAGAGGAAGCCAUGGACUCUGCAAGAGAUGAUCCUUACAGGGCUGAGAACCUUAACAUUCUGAGUAUUGUCACAGAUUUUGAGACACCGGGAGCAGACAGACACCACACGAAGUAUAAAGAACAAGAGCGGUCAGCGGCUGGUGCUGGAACCUGGUACUCUGGUGAACAUGCGACAGAAACAUGGGAGAGUGGUGGCAUUUACCUGUUUGGAGAGGAGACUCCUCCCAUAAACAAGAAGAGCAAAAGGAGGCUGAGACGGGGUCAUAAGGAUGAAUACGAGAUGAAAGAUGAAAUUGAUGAUAAGCCCAAGCUUUAUUUUGAAGUGCUCCAUCGUGAAGUGGGCAGGACAAUUCUUGACCAAAACAACGGACAACAUAUUGUGUCUAGUGUAGGAGUGGAAGGUUUCGGGCAUAACGCGG